AUGAACAGUCUCAUGCAAGAGCUCCCAUCAAUUUACAAGAUCGCUGCGAUGCAAAUCACGCCGAUGUGGAAGCACAUGGCGGAGCACGCCUCGGUCAAGCUUAACCUUGCGCCAACGACCAUCCUCGACCUUGCGUGUGGACCUGGCGAGCCGGCGUGCACGCUCGCCAAGACCUUUCCGAAUGCAAGCGUCACCGCAAGCGACUUCACAGACGGCAUGCUCGCGCAAGCCCAGGAGCGUGUGGCUGAGAAUGGCCUCGGUGACCAGGUCACGGUCGCCAAGCUGGACUUUAACGAUCUCUCCUCGAUUGCAUCUGAGAGCAUCGACCUCGUCACGUGCAGCCUCGGCUUGCACAUCCCCGUCGACGGCCCGUCCCAGGCCCUCUCCGAGAUCAGCCGAGUGCUCAAGCCGGGCGGCACCUGCAUCGCCACAAUCUGGGAGGAGGUCAACAUGUGCGACCUGUGCAUGAAGACUAUGGAGGAGGUGACUGGGGAGCCGUUUCAGAUGCCCUUCGACCCGGUCGCGUGGGCCGGCGGCCGGAUGGACCCGCUGAUUGCAGACGCCGGCCUCACGCUGGCCAGUGGCCACAACAGCCUCGUGCCGUUUGACUUCAACCUUGGCGUGGCGAGAGGCGGCGAGGACCUCUCCUUCAAGCUGGGCAUGAUCAUGGCGCUGCCAAAGCUCGCGCAGAUGGGCAAGGUUGAGGAGGCGAAGGCGACGUACGAGAAGCACGCCAAGGCGUUCGGGCUCAACGAGAAGGGCGAGCUCGUGAUCGCGCAGGACUAUCGGCUGCUGGUGUUCAAGAAGUGA